AUUCAUCGAGAAGAAUGAUGUUGACGAUUUACUGUAUGAUCGUGUAGAGAUUCUUACAACUUAAGUCAGCGGCGGGAGAAGCGAGGCAUCGAAUUGGGCUAUCUCUGAAGCUUAAUAAGAGUAGGAAAUUUCCAUGAAUGUGCCGUUUCUUGGCCAUUUCUCAACCUUUCUCCUUAAAUUUGUAGCAUGACUUUGAUUGAUUUUGAUUCCAUUAUAGAAUAGAUCAAUCCUUUUGGCACUUCUUCAAUAUCUGAUCACAAAUUCAAGCUCAAUGAAACCAGGAGCAGAAGCUGCAGCUCAGGCCGGCAAUGGCGGAGGAGAUCGGAGGAUGCCAGAUUUCCAUCAGACGGUCAAUCUCAAGUAUGUGAAAUUAGGUUACCAUUACUUGAUCACCCAUUUGUUAACCCUCUGUUUGAUUCCUCUAAUGGCAAUGAUCGUGAUCGAGGCAUCGAAAAUGAACCCAGAAAAUAUUCACCAUUUAUGGACUCACCUCGAGUAUAAUCUGGUCGGUAUAGUAAGUUUAUCAGCAAUAUUAGUCUUUGGAUCUACCGCUUACAUGAUGACUCGCCGUCGUCCUGUUUAUCUAGUCGAUUACUCGUGUUACAAACCUCCCAUUCACUUACAAGUCUCGUUCGACAAGUUCAUGGAUCAUACUCGUCGCUGUGGAUACUUCAACGAAUCAUCAAUCGAGUUCGAGAGAAAGAUUUUAGAACGAUCGGGAUUAGGAGACGAGACUUACUUCGCUGAGGCUAUGCAUUAUCUUCCUCCCCGACCGACGAUGGCUGCAGCGAGAGAGGAGGCAGAGCAGGUCAUGUUUGGUGCUCUCGAUAAUCUGUUCGCUUCCACGUUAAUCAAGCCAAAGGAAAUAGGAAUUCUAGUUGUGAAUUGCAGUUUGUUCAACCCUACACCAUCUCUAUCCGCCAUGAUUGUAAACAAAUACAAAUUAAGAGGAAACAUUGUGAGUUUCAAUCUAGGAGGAAUGGGAUGCAGCGCUGGAGUAAUCUCAAUCGGUCUCGCAAACGAUUUAUUACAGAUUUACAAGAACACUUACGCAAUUGUUGUGAGUACAGAAAACAUGACGUUGAAUUCGUAUUCCGGAAACGAUAAAUCAAAGCUGAUCGCCAACUGUUUGUUUCGCGUGGGAGGCGCAGCAGUCCUGUUAUCAAACAAAUCAUCAGAUCGAAGAAGAUCCAAAUACAAACUUCUUCACAUCGUAAGAACACAUAAAGGAUCCGACGACAAAUCCUUCCGUUGCGUUUAUCAAGAAGAAGAUACAGAAGGUAAAAUCGGUCUAUCAUUAUCAAAAGAUCUAAUGUCAGUCGCCGGCGGAUCUCUAAAAGCUAACAUCACAACCCUAGGUCCACUCGUACUACCAAUCAGCGAACAGUUAUGGUUCUUCUCAACACUAGUAAUGAAAAAACUCACGAAUAAGAAACCUAAACCAUACAUACCUGAUUUCAAACUAGCGUUUGAUCAUUUCUGCAUACACGCCGGAGGUAGAGCGGUUAUCGAUGAACUUGAGAAGAAUCUAGAACUUUCGCCGGAGCAUGUUGAAGCUUCUAGGAUGACUCUUCAUCGAUUUGGAAACACGUCGUCGAGCUCGAUCUGGUAUGAACUUGCGUAUACGGAAGCGAAAGGGAGAGUGAGAAGAGGAGAGAGAGUAUGGCAGAUUGCUUUUGGGAGCGGUUUCAAAUGUAACAGUGCCGUUUGGGAAGCUUUAACGGAUGUACGGCCUUCUGUUAAUAAUUGUCCUUGGGAAGAUUGUAUUGAUAGGUAUCCUGUUAAGAUGGAUGGAUUGUUAGGGAAUCGGGUUUGAUUUACCGUUAAGUUGGACCGCUAUGGGUUUGAUAUGAUUUGAUUUCCCGCCUUUAUAUUGAUUAUUGUGUGGUUGGUUGUGUGUUAUUCUUUUAUGUUUGUUUGUUUGUUAAAAACUUGUAAUUCAUUUGUAAAAGAUUGAUUGAUUUGUCUAUUAGUAAUUUAAGAGCUUGUUUAACAUUUAAUCAAUUACUUU